AUGUUCAACUAACUUCUAGAAUUCAGAAAUACAAAACUUCUAGUUUAAGCUUUUACAAAUAAAAUUCACGAAAUUGAAUACUUUUAGAAGACUGGACAACAAUAUUAGUAUGGAAACAACGAAGACUUUUCAAUAGCUGGAUAAUAAUUACUAGAAUUCUAUUUUUAUGACUACAUGUUGCUCUAAGGGUUUCCAAAUCAAUAGAGUCAAUUUAAAAAACCAAGUGACAUAAUUUAAUUAAGGUAGAGGUUAAUUAAUGAUAAAUACCUUUCAGAGAUAGCAAUUCUACUAAGUAUUUAAAAUCUAUUAAAUAUUGGAAACUAGAAAUCAUUAAAAAAUAAUCCAAAAGUACUAUCAGAUUGUGUUAAAUCCAUAAUAGGGGCACAUUACUAUGAUAAACAAAACGAUCUAGAGGCUCUUAGAGAUAUUAUUCACCCAAUCGUAGUAUAAUUGUUGAAUAAAGGAGAACAAAUAACCAGAACACAAUGGAAAUAUAAUCCAAAAUCUUCCUUCUUAGAGUACCUUAAUUCUUAUAAAGGAGAAUUAAACAUCAAUCCUAAACUAACGAUAGAAUGGAAAAAAGAUGAUUCCAUUUUAAAUUAAAAUAAAUCUUUAUAUUUAAUUUCUUUAGAAUUAAAUAGCACUAUGAAAGUACAAAAGGUAGGCAUAAACAAAAGAGAAACUGAACAAAGUGUAUACCUGGAGGCUUUACUUUAACUUAGAAACUAUCAUACAAGGAAUUACUAAAAAUAGAAGAAACUAAAUUACAAAACGGAAAUUUAAGAAAAUCAGGGUGAAUCUGAGUUGUCAACUUCUCUUGAUUCAACCCUAAAUAAUCAAGAUUUAUCAUAUUAUAGUUUUACAGAGAAGACUCUAGAUAAAUUAUAAUUAAACUUUGAUUAAUAAUUAAAUCUCAUGCUAGAGUAGUUGGCAAAUGAAUGA